AUGUCUUCUGAUAGUGGAGAAACUGUUGGGCACCCAAUGUAUAACCUCUGUGGGCAGAUUCAAGGCUCCACUUCCCCGCUUAGCAGUCUGGAUGGAAAUAGGAAAUCUGCAGCAUUGCUGGAAGUCAGGGGGACCUUAAGCAGGAUGCAGUAUUCUGCUGUGGCUACAGAUCCAGAAACCUCAGUGAACAAUGGAUCCAGGAUUCCUCACAGCCCUGAGGAGGGCACAAAGGCUGCAGCCUCGACAGAGGGUGAAGUCUGCAGGGCCUGUGCGGCAAAGUGUUUCCAUAGCCAUCCGAUAACUAAAACUGGCACCCAGAGAGAUGUCUACAACUUCCUGGAGAGGCCCAGUGGAUGGAAGUGUUUCACCUACCAUUUUACUGUCUUUCUCCUGGUGCUGGUUUGUUUAGUCUUCAGUGUGCUGUCUACUAUAGAGCACUACUCGGAAUCUGCCACUGGAGCCCUUUUCUGGAUGGAAAUAGUGCUGGUGGUGUUUUUUGGUGCUGAGUAUGUGGUCCGGCUGUGGGCUGCAGGCUGCAGGAGCAAGUACGUCGGCUUGCGAGGGAGGCUGCGCUUCGCCCGGAAGCCCAUAGCCAUCAUCGAUCUGAUUGUGGUGGUAGCCUCAAUUAUUGUUCUGAGCAUAGGAUCCAAUGGACAGGUGUUUGCCACCUCUGCAAUCAGGGGGAUCCGGUUUCUGCAGAUCCUCCGCAUGCUCCACGUGGAUCGCCAGGGAGGCACCUGGCGGCUCCUGGGCUCCGUUGUUUUCAUCCAUCGGCAGGAACUCAUAACCACAUUGUACAUUGGAUUCCUGGGAUUAAUUUUCUCAUCCUAUUUUGUCUAUCUUGCUGAGAAGGAUGCAGUUGAUGAGGAUGGAAAGACAGACUUUUCCAGCUACGCCGAUGCACUUUGGUGGGGCGUGGUGACGGUUACAACAAUUGGUUACGGAGACAAAGUUCCCCAGACGUGGAUUGGGAAGACAAUAGCUUCCUGUUUCUCAGUGUUUGCUAUCUCUUUCUUCGCUCUUCCAGCGGGUAUUCUGGGCUCUGGCUUUGCCUUGAAAGUACAACAGAAGCAGCGUCAGAAGCAUUUCAACAGGCAAAUCCCAGCUGCAGCUGCUUUAAUUCAGACUCUUUGGCGGUGCUAUGCAGCAGAGAAACCCUGCAGCUCGGCAGCAGCGUUGGACAUCUGCGAGGCUCCCUCCGGGUGUGGUUCCCGAGUGCCGCCAGCGCCGUCUAGCCCCAGCCUGAGGAAGCAGACCAGAAGAUACAAAAGCAAAGGGAAGCUGAGCUGUGGGAAUGGCUCUGCCCCUCCAUUGAAGCCAGCAGAGAAUGCCCUGGCAGCUCCACAGGUCACUCUUCACAUGCAUGAAGACAAAAAAGCUGCAUCCUUCUACAGUGAAGACCCAGGAGUGAAGGGACGUUUACAAGGGAGCACCCAAGAAAUGUGCAGGGACAACAGCUUUGCUGAUGACAUUGCCCUUGUAUCAGAAGAGUCACCACUGCCAGCUGUAUCUGACGUGGCACAGAGCACAUCCAGAUUAAGUGAAGCACAUGGAACAGCUGUGAAAGUCAUCAGGAGAAUGCAGUAUUGUGUAGCCAGAAGAAAGUUUCAGCAAGCUCGCAAGCCCUGCGACGUGCGCGAUGUCAUCGAGCAGUACUCCCAGGGACACCUCAACAUGAUGCUCCGGGUGAAAGAGCUUCAGAGAAGACUGGACCAUUCCUUGGGAAAGCCAGGCCUGUUCCUCUCAGAAAAAGGGACAGACAAAGGAUACUGCACUGUAGGAGCCAGACUGAUCCGGCUGGAGGAUAAGGUCAUGCAGAUGGACCAGAAGCUAGAUGACAUCCUGAACAUGCUCCAGGCUCAGUGUGAGGAUCAGCCACAGGCACAGAUGGCAGGGCCAGCCUCCCCACCUGUCAGACAGCUGUAA